CGGGCCGAGCAUGGCGGCGCUGCGGGUGCUGGAGCUGUACAGCGGCAUCGGGGGGAUGCACCAGGCCCUCAGAGGAAUUCCCAAGUGAGCUGUGCCUUUUAAAUGAAAAGGAGGCGAGGCUUUGAAGAAGUUAUCAGGUCUUUGAAUUAGGAAGAGGGGAUCUCAGAAAGCUGCACAUAUGCAGAAGUUGUAGCUGCUGUUGAUGUGAACACUCUUGCCAAUGAUGUUUAUAGGCACAACUUUCCCAGCACGCCGUUAUGGGCAAAGACUAUUGAGGGCAUAACACUGAAAGAAUUUGACGGAUUAUCUUUUGAUAUGAUUUUGAUGAGUCCUCCCUGUCAGCCUUUUACAAGAAUUGGCCUGCAAGGUGAUGUGUCUGAUCCACGGACCAAGAGCUUUCUCUAUAUCCUUGAUAUUCUCCCAAGGCUUCAGAAGCUUCCAAAAUACUUACUUUUAGAAAAUGUUAAAGGAUUUGAAUCUUCUUCUGCAAGAAAUGAACUUUUACAAACACUAGCAACAUGUGGAUUUAAAUAUCAGGAAUUUCUCUUGUCUCCAACCUGUCUUGGCAUUCCCAAUUCUAGACUGCGGUAUUUUCUAAUUGCAAAGCUUCACCAAGAACCAUUUUCCUUUCAAGCUCCUGGUCAAAUAUUGACAAGAUUCCCAGAUCAGGAUCCAAAAGAUUUACUCAAGGAAACAGUUGCUGACAAAGUGGGUGAAACGAGUUCUUCUUUGUCCUCUGAGGAGAAGAAUCUGGAUCCAAACAUUGGUCCAGAUUGCAGCAGCAAGAAGAGUUUACCAAAAGGGGCCUUUCUAUUUAAGCUAGAAACAGUAGAAGAGAUGGAAAGGAAACAUAAUCAGGAUAAUGAUUCCUCUAUUCAAAUGCUACAAGACUUCUUGGAAGAGGAAAAUGAAGAAAUGAGUCAAUAUUUCUUACCACCAAAGUCCUUACUGCGCUAUGCUCUCUUGUUAGACAUUGUUAAACCCACCUGCCGGAGAUCCACGUGCUUUACAAAAGGGUAUGGACACUAUGUAGAAGGGACCGGCUCUGUUCUGCAGACAGCAGUAGAUGUACAGCUUGAAUCAGUGUUUAAACGUAUUGACGAGUUACCGGAAGAAGAGAAGCUUAAGAAAUUGUCUACAUUAAAACUGAGGUACUUUACCCCAAGAGAAAUAGCAAAUCUUCAUGGAUUCCCUUUGGAAUUUGGUUUUCCUGAAAAGGUAACAGUAAAGCAACGCUAUCGUCUUCUGGGAAACAGCCUCAACGUACACGUGGUGGCAAAAUUGAUCUCCAUUCUACUUGAAUAAUUUAGAACCUGAAACUGAUGCAUAUGGACUGGUGACAGAAAAUACUUCCAUCUUUUAGGAGAAAGCUGAUGGAACAUGGACAAAUACCAGAGCUUACCAAGAUACUUACCCAGACAUUUUGCUGAACAGUUUUGAUAUAUUUUUAAUAACUUGCAUUCAUGAUGGAUUUAAACUGUAUAGGUGUUUUUUUUUUAAAUGGCAUUUUACGGGACUUACUUGCUUUAUUUAAAUGUUCUUUUUAGUUUGCAGAGUGAAAAAUAGCAGCACAUGCAAAUACUUCAAUGAGAAAGGAAGAUUAUUUUAUUUUACUUUAUUUUAUUUUUUUAUCCUAAAACCAUUUUCUCAGUACUGUGUGAAACUGUGUCAAAGCUGUUUCAAUUAGGUGCAGAGAUCAAGUUCUAUGUGUAAAAUUUCUUCAUCUUUAAAUGUAAGUAAUCCAUUCUGAAAAUAUUUACUGUAUAUAUGAUCUGAAAUUUUGAUGUGAUUUUUUUAGCUUGUGAAACUAAUAAAUUCUAUAUUUUAUAUAGAAA